AUUGAUUUCGCGCGCUGAAUUUGACACGUGAUUGAUCGUGCACUGUCGACUGAAAGUGAACCGCGGGAAACAGAUCUCGGAAGAAACACAAGGGGUUCAUCGUUUGUCCGUAAAUUUGAAAAGCCAGCAAUCUGCAGUAAAAUCGUCUGCCAUGUCUUCACCGAGCAGUUCAGCCGGCGGCAGCCCGCGGAGUCGUCGCACCAGCAAACGCAACCGUGCUGAUGAUGACGCCGACGUAGACAAGACGCCAAGUAAGCGAGGGCGCAAGGGGAGCCAGCAGAGCGAAACACCCUCUCGGAGAAGCACCAGGGUGGCUGCUGAUACCCCAGGAGGGGCAAGAACACCUACCAGUCGAGCCAGCAAGCGCGGCAGUGCAGCCUCCUCACCAGCGUCUCAGGCCGGUAGGCCAUUAGACUCCUCCCCCAGUGGUGACCUACGACCUAUGCCUUCCUCUCCGGCAUCCGGUGGGUUGCAGGAUAACUCGGUGUUUUCGAGCCCCGGCCUCUCCAGAGCAGGUACUAGCGAUAUCGGGAUGAGUUCCCCUCUCAACUACGGCACACCAAGCUCUCGGAUGAGUGGAACUCCUGGUCGUAUGGCUGGCACGCCUGUGAGACCUCGCAACGACAUCACCAGCAAUCGUAAGAUGCGGCAGGUCAACUUACAGUCGGAUCCAUCGGGAGAUGGCUCGGAGCCCACCGCGGCAGUGACCAGCGAGCAACCGGGCGGUCCCCAGCUGGUCAUCUGGGGCACCAACGUGGUGGUCAGCGAGGCCAAGUCCAAGUUCACCCGCUUCAUCCAAAGGUUCAUCGACCCCGAGGCCGAGGAGGCCGAGGGCAUUGACCCCAACGAGCCCCUGUACCUGCAGAAACUGGACGAGAUCAAUACUUUGGAGCUUCCCUUCCUGAACAUCAACUGCCAGCACUUGAACCAGUUUGACGUGGAUCUGUACCGCCAGCUGGUCUGCUACCCGCAGGAGGUCAUCCCGACCUUUGACAUGGCUGUCAACGAGAUGUUCUUUGAGCGCUACCCCGACACUACACUGGAACAUCAGAUCCAGGUGCGAACCUACAACACGGAGAAGACCAAGAACAUGAGGUCACUCAACCCUGAGGAUAUUGACCAGCUGGUCACCAUCAGUGGCAUGGUGAUCCGCACCUCCCAGCUCAUGCCGGAGAUGCGCGAGGCGUUCUUCCGUUGCCACGUCUGCUCCUUCACCGCGACCGUGGAGAUCGACCGUGGGCGCAUCGGGGAGCCCGCCGUGUGCCGUAACUGUCAGACCAAGCACAGCAUGGCGCUGAUUCACAACCGCUCGCAGUUCUCCGACAAGCAGAUGGUCAAGUUGCAGGAAUCCCCAGAUGAUAUGCCCGCCGGCCAAACGCCACACACCGUUAUCCUGUACGCCCACAACGAUCUCGUGGACUCGGUACAGCCCGGCGACCGUGUGACUGUCACUGGUAUCUACCGCGCCACUCCGCUGCGCGUCAACCCCCGCCAGCGCAACGUGAAGGCGGUGUACAAGACGUACAUCGACGUGAUUCAGUUCUGUAAGGAUGACGCCAAUCGACUGCAUGAGCAGGGAGGUGAUGACGGGGAUGAUCAGCAAAUUUUCACUGAGGAGCGCAAGCAGCAGUUGAUCGAGCUUUCUCAGAAGGAAGACAUAUACGAGAGAUUGGCAAGAGCCUUGGCUCCUAGCAUCUUUGAGAAUGAGGACAUCAAGAAGGGUAUCAUGUGUCAGCUUUUUGGUGCGACCAAGAAAGACUUCUCUGAAGCGGGGCGUGCACAUUUCAGGUCCCAACUCAACAUCUUGCUGUGCGGCGACCCAGGAACGAGCAAGUCGCAGCUACUGCAGUACGUGAACAAUCUGGUCCCGCGAGGGCAGUAUACAUCCGGCAAGGGAUCCAGCGCCGUCGGUCUGACGGCGUACGUCACCAAGGAUCCCGAAACCAGACAAUUGGUCCUGCAAACUGGAGCUUUGGUGCUCAGUGAUAACGGCAUCUGUUGCAUUGACGAGUUUGACAAGAUGAACGACAGCACGCGCUCUGUCCUCCAUGAAGUUAUGGAGCAACAGACUCUCUCGAUUGCCAAAGCUGGCAUCAUCUGCUCCCUGAAUGCACGUACAUCCAUCUUGGCUGCAGCUAAUCCCGUGGACUCCCAGUGGAACCCAAAGAAGACCAUCAUUGACAACAUCCAGUUGCCUCACACUCUGCUGUCGAGAUUUGAUUUGAUCUUCUUGAUUCUGGAUCCUCAAGAUGAGAUAUUUGAUCGUCGCUUGGCCAAUCAUCUGGUCUCGCUCUAUCACCAGGGUGGCGAGUUACAAGAUAGUGAACACAUGGAUUUGGCCCUCCUCAGAGACUACCUUUCCUACGCUCGUACCUACGUCCAUCCCAAACUCAGCGAGGAGGCCAGCCAGUUGCUCAUCCACGCCUACGUGGAGAUGAGGAAGAUUGGCAGCGCCAGGGGGAUGGUGUCGGCCUACCCACGUCAGCUGGAGUCGCUGAUCCGUCUGGCCGAGGCCCACGCUAGGAUGAGGUUCUCUGAUGUCGUGGAGACGGUGGAUGUGGAUGAGGCUAAGAGGUUGCACUACGAAGCUCUGAAGCAGUCGGCCUUCGACCCGCGAGACGGGACCAUCAACAUUGACAUCUUGGCGACGGGAAUGAGCACCUCGGCCCGCAAGCAGAGACAGGAAGUAAAGGCAGCCCUCAAGAAGAUGAUCGAGGGCAAGGGUAAAGUGGCGACUCUCAAGUACCAGACGACGUUUGAGGAACUGCGGCAGCAGUCCGAGAUGCCAAUCACAAAGGAGAUGUUUGAUGGAGCCUUGCGAGAACUCCAAGAUGAGGACUUCCUGAUUUGGCUUGGCAAGACUAUUCGCCUCCUGAAGUAGAUAGAUUCUUGAAAUGAAGAAAAAAAAAAAAAAA